CUGAACAACCGAACGUGUCUCACUCGCGCGUCGUUAAACCGCGAAUACCGCCGUGCGCUAGAAUGAUCUUGCACGUUGUCAAUGGUAAAAGCAUCGCGUUCGGUAAAUUGAAAGUGUGUUUUCAAUCGUAUCGUAGCAGAAAUCGUUUAUCCUGAGAUAUAUAUCGAAUUCGUAAGCCGCGGGACUCGAUUGUAAAGCCGAGCGAAUCACUCGGCUCUCGUAGUCAAACGGGAAAAUUUAACAAAACAGUUUCAUCGUAUCCGUGGUAAAAUUCACACCGCUGAUAUUUAGCCGGGUUGAGAAGUUUUCUCUUUUCAAUUUUCCGAUCCGUCUCUCGUCACCGCCAAAGUUAGAAUAUAUAAAACAAAAAAAAAAAAAAAAAAAAGAAAUAGCUAAAGAAGCCGGAAGAAAUCCGCAAGUUUUGUGCACGGAUCGAUUGUUGGUUCUGUUUUUUUGGAUUAUCCAUAACAAGCAGCUCUGGAGAACGAAAACCCGAGAAACAUGCCGGUGCCGACUUGGGAUUGUGCGGAAUUGGGCCUCCUCGAGGAACCGUUAGAGACGACGACCGUCGUCUCCGAGGACAUAUGGAAGAAGUUCGAUCUGGACUUUCCGCAGCCGUUUACAACCGAGCAGUACUACGGGACGACAGAGGGUGCGAUGCUGCCCGAGCCCUACGAGAAGACUUCGAUGUCGCGGCUCGAGGCGCGCGAGAUUCGGCACCACGACUGCAUGUGGGCCGGACUUUGCAUCAGCAAGGAGCACAACAGGACCCACCCGGCGAAGAAAGACGUACAGAUGAGCAGCAAGAAGGUUCCGGCGGGCAGAAGUCUCCUGAUAAACCGGAAGCCGCCGGCUUGCACCGCGGUUAAGAACCUCGAGAGCGACGGGGACUCGACAAGGCCCGAAACGCCGCAGAGCUGCGAGUCCGAGAGCGAGGAGGAGGACGAGGAGCAGGAGGAGGAGCAGGAACCACCCCAGUUCAGGCACGACUCGAUAAGCAUAAACGAGAAGUUGACGGAGUAUUUGGGCGACGCCGCAGCCGCUCCGGUCAGCGAAGUCACCGGUCAACUCGUCAGGCGGAUCGCGAUACCGGGAAAAAAGUGCGACCGGAGGGUCAGAGAGACUGGUCGAAGGACCGAAGUUCACCAGGAGCCGAAGAAAACAGCCAGCAACACACCGCCCGGUGUAGGACACAAUGCCGAGGGCCUCGCUCACAGAGAGUCUCUCGUUUCCCUCGGAGAUCACUGCUAUUACCUCAGUCAGACUUCCAGCAGUAAAAAGCUCGAACACCUAGGAGUACAGACACCUUCCGAUUCAGAAGAAGAGAUCGACGUAGUGACGUUUGACAAACCGUGCAGGCCUGCCUCGUUGCCAACAAAUCCAAGCGCGGCGGAUAAACAGCACCUCCAAAAAACUGUCACAUCGGCUUUGAAGGAUAAAUCACCACCUCGGCCACGAGGUCGGCCACCUUCCAACCCUCCGCGAAAACGUUCGGCCCAAACGGAGUCAAGACCGGCAAAAAGACCGAGGCACAAAUCGUAUCAAAAGCGGGGAAAGCCCGGAAGUGGCAGCAGCAGCAGCAGCAGCAGCAGCGGAAGUUCGAAAAGCAUGCAGGUCGACAGAUUUGAAAACUGCGACAGGAUCGGGGAUACAAUCGACGGUGCGAAAAACGUUGCCGAAGUUAACGAGCAUCAUCACAUGCGAUUUUCGGAACGAGUCGGUGGAGGAUCAGGAAAAUCACAGGCCUCGAGCAGCACGGUUUCCCGGAGCAGUUCCGACGACGAACCCGACACGGAGAAGCGAAGCCUUCACAACAACAUGGAGCGCCAGAGGAGAAUAGAACUGAGGAACGCCUUCGAGGAUCUGAGAGUCCUGGUGCCGGAGGUACAGAUGAAGGAGAAGGCGCCGAAGGUUGUGAUCCUUCGCCAGGCCGCGGUGUACUGUAAUAAGCUUACCGAGACGGACCGUACAAAUACGGACGCUGUCUCGGACCUAAAAAGUCGGCAGGAUCUCCUCAGGUCAAAGCUCAGUCAGCUGAGGAGAAACUUCGCGGCGUGUCGCUAGGCGGCGGAAAAGGUUUAUUUCGAAUAUUACUUAUCUUAACAAACACACGCACCGCAUAGAGAGAGAGAGAGAGAGAGAGAGAGAGAGAUGCACGCGUGUGAUUUCGCUUCUUUUCUUUCACGGUAUAUUCAUUUUCAUUGUGAAAAAACCGUGCGAGCACGGAUGGAUGGGAUUGAUGUUGCGAACGUUCGUAGAUUUUUCGAACACUCGUUUCAUUGAUUUAUUUCUACUUUGUAGAAUGCUACGAUGUUUCAACCUCGAGGUUAUAACGCCGCGAAUGUUACUUUUUGUUUUUAUUUGGUAUUUUUAAUUUUUCAUUUUUAUUUCGAGACGGAUAAAAAAUACACGGUAAAGGAUAAAAAAAAAAAAAAAGCACAGUCUUUCUUACCGAGGAAUUCGAGUUUAUUGCCUAACCCGCGGCGAUGUAGUUUCGGCAGCUGCGGGAAUCGGUAGCGAACACUUCGAGUUUUAAAAAUUUAUACGUGUGUAUAUAUGUAUGUACAUAGUCACGUACACACGUUAACAGGCACAUAAGUAUGUAUAUAGGACAGCGUCAAUCGCGGUGAAAUUUUUAUAUCUUGAUGUUUUUUCUCUUUUCUAAGUUUAUUUUUCCAAGUGACAUGAAAAAAAUUAUUAUCCCCCUCCCCAGCCCCCCCCCCUCCCCCCCGGUUAGGAAGUGAGGAAAUAAUUACCCUACGAAUUGUUGAAACUGUACGAUAUAUUUCAUACUUCAAAGAGAAGGAAAGAAAAAGUUUUGCUGAAACAAUUUUGUUGAGAAUAUGAAGGAAAAAUUCUCAAAUCGAUGCUUAAUCAAAAUCCUCCGAUUUAUAUUGUUUAUUAAAAAGCGACAUUCAUGGUUCACGAUCAACCAAAAGCAAAACUUGUGACGUAAGAUUGAUGAUACAAACGGUAAAAAUUCAUCUUGAAUCCAAUAUUUGUUCCUUUGCAGCAUCGAAACCCUUGUGUGCAGAGAUUUUCAACAGUUUGACUUGAAUUAUUUCGUGAAAGGAAGAAACAAAUACAAAAUCGAAACAUGGCUAGAAAUUCUCGAAAUUUGAAACGAAACGUUGGAACGAUUUACGAUAUUUUAAUUUAUUUCUUCCAAAGUUUCUACGAAAAACUUGUGAAUUUUCGAAGGGUGAAUAAUCUGUUUUACGACCACCGCUAAAUACAUGUUCAGUACGUAUAUAACAUUGAAUUAAAUAUAUUAUAGACGUCGCAUACGCGAUUAUUGACAACGUAUAUGUGAAAGGCAAUAUCUUUUUACCUAAAUGUCCUCUCUUAUAAAUAAAUGUAUAAAUAUACUUAUAUAUUGAUAUACGUGUGUUUGCGUGUGUAUAUAUAUAUAUAUAUAUAUAGGCAAACGUACGUUAUAUCAAUAUAUAAAAUAUAAAUAUAUAGACAAACAUGUACGUCUUAUACAAUAGUUAGCGUUAAAUAAUGUAAUUGAUUACGGUCGAUACGGAUAUUAGCUUUUUUACACAGACAAAAAAAGGAAUACAAAAAACGCAAAAAAAAAAAACAAAAAAAAAAACAAACAAACAAAAAAAUAAAUAAAUAAUAACCGGCAACAUUUAUAUUUUUCUAUAUCUAUCCUACGCGCUCUGAUUAUAUCUAGUACACGCUAUUGUAUACCUUUUAACGAGGAAAUAACGGAGCAUAUUACAGAUAUAUCAUAUAUUUUGGAAUUUUCUAUUUGAAGGAUAUAGUUCUGCCGUAAAUCAUGUACCUAUCGGUUGAUCAUUUUUACCACGCUUAUCAAACUAUACAUAUAAUAUGAUAUGUGCUUCGAUAAAGCGUAAAAGAAAAAGAAAGAGAGAGAGAGACAGAGAGAGAGAGAGAGAGAGAGGGAGCAGCAAUGAAAUGAAUUGAGACGGAAUGAAACGAAAUGAAAGAAAAAAAAAAACAUUCAAUAUUUAUGCAACUGAAUUAUGAUAUACGCUGUGCGCACUUGCUUGCUCGAUUUCCCGUCGGUUUGUCGCCGGCAUGCGCGCUGUGAGUAUGUUAUUAUAAACCCGUCUAUCACAAUUGUUUCAAAUAACGGAAAACACGAAACUAGCUCCAGGGGCAUGAAAAUCGCCUUUGUUUGUAUACAUUUGUAGUGGAAAAAAAAAACAAAAAAAAACAAAAAAAAAAAAAAACAAAAAAAAAACAAAAAGGAAAACUCAUAUACCUCUUCGCAGCACGUAUGAAAAACACGUCCGCAAAAACUGUUCAAAGUCUGUUUGAAACUCGCUAUAAAUAAAAAAAAAGAAAACAAAAAACGCACAAAAAAUCUGCAAAUAAAUUAUAGUUGAUUAAUAAAUAAGUUAAUAAAUAAAUGAGUACGUAGUUGAAUGUAGAUAGUGAGAUAAACUUAUGAUAAAGAGAUGAAUAGAAAAAACGGUAUCAAGCGACGCGAAGAACGAAAGAAAGAAAAAAAGUGAUGGAAAGUAUUUUGAAAAAAUACCAAAACCAAAUGCCGGAACAAUCUUGCGAAAUUUGCGCAGAGGAAAGGGAAUGAUUGUUCUUUUUUUUUCAAUUUCGACCGCUUACGUUGCCAUCAAAGACAGGUAAUUUAUUUUCAAACUGUUUAGUACACUUGCUCGUUUAUCCACGGGAGUAAUAAUCUUAUUAUGGUACGUCACAUUGUAUUACAUUAUAUAAAAUUUAAAAAUACGUGUGUAUAAAUAUUUACAAACAUAAUAUUAUCAAUACUGAUAACAACAACAACAACAACAACAACAACAACAACAUAUAUUGCAUAGUUAAUUUCUCAAGUAGGGUACGUUUAAAAAAAACUUAGAAUUUAAUGAUAAUAUGCCUACGUGUAAAGGUGUAAUAUUUAGUACGGUAGGCGUAGAGUUGAAAUCGGGUUUAGUAAUCAAUUUUUGAAGUUUUCUGCAUCGGACGCAGUAAGCGUAGUUUUAAUUUUAAUUAUUUUGCAGCACUUAUAUUUCUCCCUAUAUAUUAUACCUAUAUAAACACUAAUUGAAUAAUAACAAUGGUAAUAACGAUAAAACAUGUUGAAGCGAUGAAUGCUGGAUAAUUUUUUGCUCAGCGUAAGUUAAUAUUAUACACGUUACAAGUUUUUUUUUUUUUUUUUCUCUCAUUCGUCCGCGUAGAUGAUAAGAGAACAAAAAUCGUAACCGACGAAGCGUUUAAUAUCUUCUAACGACGGAUGUGAAAUCAAUCGAGGUGCCUCGAUAAUCAGCCACAAUAUUAUCGGUACAAAUUGGAAACGGGUUUAAGUUUUGUUACAAUGUGAAUCCCUAAUGUUAAAUUACUUUUUAAAAAAUUCCUCAUUUUCUCCGAGGUCCGAGACAGUAAUAGCACGAUGCGCAUAUUAUCAUUUCAUUAUUCCUCAAUGGUUACGAAGUUGCCCUGCUUUUUGGAUGAUUUUCUGUUACGCUAAUUUCCUUUUUUCUAUUUCCCUCCGCUACCCAAUUGCCUAAGGGGACGGUGGUGGUAUGGCGGGUAUGCGGUCGAAGAUGAAACAGUU